AUGGAGCAGGGCGGCCGCCGCCGAGCCUUCGGCAGCAUCUGCCCCAACACGGUCCAGGGCCCGCCCGCCCGCCUAGCCAAGAAGCCGGCCCGGCCGGGCGGGGGCACAGCAUGGACGCCCCCGGCCGUCCUGAGCCCCCGAGCUCCCCCGCCCCGUCCGCGUCGCAGCGGCGCCUCGCCGGUUCCCGCAGCGCCUGCGCUCGAUGUAUCCGCCUUAAUGCCACCACGGCUGGACUGUGCUGACUAUGAUUUGUCUCUUGAUGAGGAGGUGGCCUUUGGCUCCUGCACCCCGCAGCUGCAGAGUAGUGUGCUGGUGCAGGUGCCCCCACAGCACCUGUCUUCCCCUGAGCCGUGCUGGAGAGACCUGGCAGACCAGCACCAGAAAGCACUGGGAGAUGCCCUGGAAGCAAACAGUCAGCUGCAGGAGACCCUCACACAGAGGCAGGAAGAGCUGGUGACACUGCGGGAGAGCAAUGCGCAGCUGAAGGAGCUGGCAAGUCAGGCCAGGAAACUGGCCGCUGUCCUUGACACGCUGAUGGUCCCGCAAAGCGCCGACGGCACAGCCCUUCCUCCUCUUCCUCCUUUACCUCCUUCUCCCGUCUCUGCUGGCGCCGCCGCUGCCCCGGCCGGGAGCGGCCUGGAGAAUGCGGAGGGCGUGGAUGCCAUGCUGCGUGCCGUGUCGGAGCAGUGCCGCGCCGCACUGCGAAGCCUGGGGGGCAGCCCCGGAGGCAGCCCGGAACACAGCCCGGGAGGCAGCCCCACCGCCAAGCGGCCGCGGCCGGGCCCGCGCCUGCACGGCGCCUUCCGCGGGCUGCGCACCGGCCGCGCCGCGCCGCGCCCGCUCGGCGGGGAGCCGGACGGGGGCGGCAGCCUGCGGGCCGCUCUGGGGGAGGCGGGAGCCAUCCGCACCCUGGCCUUCCCCCAGGGAAACGCCUUCACUCUCCGCACCGCCGCCGGCGGGCACCGCUUCCGAUGGGUGCCGCGCUGA